GUGCUAAUGAGCCUUUUCUUUAAUAGAUAACGCUCCCACACCUACGCACCUACAAACCUACACCUCCAUACAUUCCACAGAAAUACUGACACACCCGACACCAUGAAAUUCUCCCUCUUCACACUCCUCGUCGCGCUAUUCUGCGCUUAUGCGCAAGCUCUUGCCAAGCCUGUCAGCCUUAAGACCGUCAUCGUCACAUUCCCGGACAACACCCCCGGUCACAUCAUGCAGCAAGCCAAAGACGCGAUCGUCGAAGCUGGUGGCCGCAUCACUCACGAGUACCGCAUCAUCAAGGGAUUCUCAGCACUGACUUCGGACAAGGUCCUCCAGAGCGUUUCUACACAGAGUCUCGAAUACAUGCCGGUGUAUGAGGAGGACCAGCAGAUGUCGAUCAAUGUUUAAUCUAGAAGUGCAUCUGGGAGCAUUGGUUUUGUACGACGGCGUGGUACCGCUACGUCAAAUUUGAAGCAGAAAGAGGCUUCAUGUACAUAAGGACCAUGGAACUAGGCUGGGAUUAACGAUUAAUGACUGAUGGCGUCUGUAUGUGGUUAUUGUGUAAGCCACCAUUAUAGGGCCAUGAUGAAUUGACAGAAUCUCUAUUCG